GGCACCUACGGAGCGGGCUCCAGGGAACGACAAAGUGAAAGCGGGUGUCCCUGCCCCGGGUUGCGGGGCAGCCUGACGCUCCCUCCUCGCGAGUCUCGGCCGCGAGCACUCCUGGCGGCCCACGCUCGCCCGCGCUCGCCCUACCCGCCCCGGGCGCUCACACGCGUGCACACCAACGAGCUCAGCCAGCUGCACAAGUGAGGAACUGUUCGCAGGCCGCCGCUGGCAGCGCCGGGACGCGAAGGGAGGCUCCUCCUCCCGGAGAGCUGCGGAGAAAAGGGGCCGGCAGGUGUCUCCAGGAGCUGGUCCCACCACGUCGCCCAUGGCAGGGGCCACAGCAGUUUGUAAGCAGCCUCCAGCAUCAGCAGUGUCAGGAAGAGGACCAAGAAGAGGCCCCCUUUGUUGGAAGUGAAGAGGAACUUUGAGCUGAAGACAACCCUGGUCAAGGCCUCUUCCCGCCCGCCCCUUUCAGGGAGCAGGCUCAAGAGGGGCCCUGACCAGAUGAAGGAAGCCCUAGAGCCUGCAAAGAAACGGACACGAGGCCUGGGUGCAGUGACCAAAAUUGACACAUCCCGCUCCAAAGGACCACUCCUGAGCUCACUGUCGCAGCCGCAGGGCCCCACUGCAGCUCAGAAAGGCCCUAAGAAGACAGGACCUCGUGGUUGCACUGCCGUUGGAUCAGUGCUGAAGAACCAGAAGCUGGCUCCCACUGCUCCUGCCCAGAAGCCUGUCAGGAAGAGGCCUGGUAAGCGUCCUGACUGGGACUUAAAGGGUCAGUUGUGUGACCUCACUGAAGAGCUGAAAUGCUACCGGGAGAAGACUCAAAAGCUGGACCAGGAGAACCAAGGGCUUCAGGAGCAACUUAAAGAAGCCCAGGAGCAGGCCGCAGCCCUGGGGACAGAGCGGAACACCCUGGAAGGGGAGCUGGCCAGUGUGCGGACGCAAGCGGAGCAGUGCCAGCAGAAACUGGAGGCUCUGUGUGCCCGUGUCUUGGAGCUGGAGGAAUGGCUGGGCACCAAGGAAAACCUGAUUCAGGAGCUCCAGAAAGAGCAGCUGGAAUUGCAGGAAGAGCGGAAGGCAUUGGCCACCCGACUGGAAGAGCAAGAGAGGAGGUUACAGGCCUCAGAAGCCGCUCUGCUAAGCAACGAAUCGGAGGUGGUGUGUCUGCGGCAGAAGACCGCAGCCCAGGUGACCUUACUGGCUGAGCAAGGUGACCGGCUCCACGGGCUAGAGAUGGAGCGCCGCCGACUCCACAACCAGUUGCAGGAACUUAAGGGCAAUAUCCGGGUAUUCUGCCGGGUGCGCCCUGUUCUUGCAGGGGAACCUACUCCAUCGCCUGGCUUUCUCCUGUUUCCCCAUGGCCCUGCUGGACCCUCUGACCCCCCAACCCGCCUUAGCCUUUCACGGUCUGAUGAUCGGCGUUCGACCCUGACCAGGGCGCCUGCACCCACUACGCGCCACGAUUUCUCCUUUGACCGGGUGUUCCCACCAGGAAGCAAACAGGAGGAAGUGUUUGAGGAGAUUUCCAUGCUGGUCCAGUCGGCACUGGACGGCUACCCUGUGUGCAUCUUUGCCUACGGACAGACCGGCAGUGGCAAGACCUUCACUAUGGAGGGCAGGCCUGGGGGAGACCCCCAGUUGGAGGGGCUGAUCCCUCGGGCCAUGCGGCAUCUCUUCUCUGUGGCUCAGGAGAUGAGUGGCCAGGGCUGGACCUACAGUUUUGUGGCAAGUUACGUAGAGAUCUACAAUGAGACCGUCCGAGACCUGCUGGCCACUGGGACCCGGAAGGGGCAAGGCGAGUGUGAGAUUCGUCGAGCAAGACCAGGCAGUGAGGAGCUUACUGUCACCAAUGCACGCUAUGUUCCUGUUUCCUGUGAGAGAGAGGUGGAGGCUCUGCUCCAUUUGGCCCACCAGAAUCGAGCUGUGGCCCGCACUGCCCAGAAUGAGAGAUCAUCUCGAAGUCACAGUGUGUUCCAGCUGCAGAUUUCUGGAGAGCAUGCUGCUCGGGGCCUGCAGUGUGUCGCUCCCCUUAACCUUGUGGACCUGGCUGGGAGUGAGCGGCUAGACCCUGGUUUAACCUUAGGCCCUGGGGAACGUGAUCGCCUUCGGGAAACACAGUCCAUUAAUAGCAGUCUGUCUACCCUGGGACUGGUCAUAAUGGCCCUGAGCAAUAAGGAGUCCCACGUGCCUUACCGAAACAGCAAGCUUACCUACCUGCUGCAGCACUCGCUGGGUGGCAGUGCCAAGAUGCUCAUGUUUGUGAACAUUUCCCCUCUGGAAGAGAAUGUCUCUGAGUCUCUCAAUUCACUACGUUUUGCUUCCAAGGUGAACCAGUGUGUUAUCGGUACUGCUCAGGCUAAUAAGAAGUGAAGAUGGCCAGAGCCUGGUUCCGCUGCCGCUGGGUUGAUUGUGUCUCUCUCUGUGUGUACUGGGGGGGAGAGGGGGGUGAGAGAUACGCUUUUAUUGGGUGGACAUCAUUUGUACCCAACUAUCAAAUAAAGAAAUUUUGUUGUAGACUUUA